AUGGGCCGCCAUCGAUCGAAGCAUCUCGCCCUCGUCCUCGUCGCCCUCGGCGUCGUCGCGACCGCACAGAACACGCCGGACCUCCCCGCGUGGAACUUCGGGGACGAGGCGUGCCCGAGCAAGUACCCCUCGGAGGCCGAAACGUCCGAGAAGCCCGGCUCCGCCACCACGAACAUGGCCUGCGCGGGCAUCCACGACCCGACGCACCUCGUCGCCACGUCGAACGGGCACCUCGCGGUCUUCGCGUCGGGCCAGGGGGUCUGCGGGGAGUCGAUCGUCGUCAAGUACAUGGCGCCCGGCUCGAACAAGUGGGUGCAGAAGGCGCCGCUCUUCGACGGCUGCGCGCGCUCGGACGCGCCCGCGUGGAUGCGCGGCCUCCAGGGCGACGGCCUCGGCGACUUCGACGCGCCCGCCGUCGUCUACGAGGCCGGCGCGACGCCCGCGGAGGACGUGUGGACGCUCUACUCGUCGGUCUACGUCUCCAAGUUCACGCCCGCGGGCGCCGACGAGCCGCCCGCGCAGGCCUGCAUCGCGCGGUCUGUGGCUAUAGGCGCCAUCGAGGACCCGGACCUCGUCUGGGCCCACGACGACAAGCCCGUCUACUGCUCGAACAUGGAGUACGAUAGCGAGGGCGUCCCGUCGGGCUACCGCUACCGGACCGAGGCGCAGUACGUCAACGCCGUCGACGACGGCUUCGGCAUCGACCCCGCGAUCUACAAGAGCGCGGACGGGUCGAAGACCUACAUGACCUGGGGCUCGGGUGUCGUUCACUCCGUACGGCUCGACGCGACGGGCCACGUGGUUCCGGCCGCGACGCUCGACGACGGCUCCGGGCCGGGCAAGCAGGCCAAGAACGACCCGGCGUACCCCGUGCUCUCGCGCGGCAGCGACGGCUUCAACGAGGCGCCCUACGUCUACUACCACGACGGCUGGUACUACUUGUGGGUCAACUGGUUCGCCUGCUGCGCCGGGAGCUGCUCGAGUUACGAGAUCCGCGUCGGGCGGUCGCGGUCGCCGACGUCGGGCUUCGUCGACAAGGACGGCCACGCCAUGGACGACGAGGAGUCGGCGACGUGCGCGUACAACAUCGACGGCGAGGCGAGCGACUGCGCCGGCGGCAGCGUCUUCCUCCUCGGGUCCAAGACCACCAAGGUCAUCGGCCCGGGCCACCCGGGCGUCCUCAAAUACGGCGAAACGCACGUUUUCACGGCGCACUACUACGACUUCGCCGACGGCGGCGCGGGCAAGCUCGCGGCGUGGUACAUGACCUUCGACAAUAACGGCUGGCCCGUCCUCGGCGACUACUGGGACGUCUGCGACUUCACGGGCUGCGACGCGUCCACGGUCUCGACGGCCUGCGCCUGCCCGACCUGCGUUGACGACGCGCCCACGCCUUCGCCGCCGACGCCGAGGCCCGCGGCCGAGCCCACGCCCUCGCCGCCGACGCCACGGCCCGUGGCCAAGCCGACGCCGACGCCGCCGACGCCGGACGACGACGGCACGUGCGUCGACUCGCAGACGUUCACGUGGAAGCAGAACAAAGGAUGCGACUUCGUGUACGAGAGCCCGCGGCAGUGCUCGGAAGACAACGCCGACGGCGUCUCGGGCGAGGACGACUGCCCCCUCGCCUGCGGCGCGACGACGUGCUACGGCGGCGGCGAUCCCGCGUGCCUCACGUGCGACGUCGUCGUGGGCUCCGCGGAUUCGAACGCCUGCCCCGGGGGCUCGGAGAAGCUCCGCGCGGCGGCCGCGUGCCGCGCGGCGCUGAAAGACGUCGGCAUCUGGGGUUGGUCCUGGGAGGGGGAGGAGAACGACCGGGACUGGCCCUCGGGCUGCUACUCCAUGGAAAAUGACGAGGCAGUCUUCUUCAACGCCCACGCGAGCGGGCGCGCGAACGAGGAGGCAACUCCGAUCUGCGGCAAGGCCGGCUGGCAGGCGGCGCUGCCCUCCACACGCAUCCUCUUUAUCGGCGAUUCCGAUGCCGACUUCUGGGUCACCGAGCACUUUGCGAACUCGGUCAACGUCGCCGUCGGCGGCUACACGUGCAAGGACGCGCAGAACUACCUGGCGGACAUGCUCGACGCGUUCAAGCCCGAGUGGGUUUCGAUAGUAUGCGGCGAGAACGACCUGGCCUCGGGCACGUCCGCCGCGAAGGUAGCGGAGCGCAUGGCGGGCAUCGCCGACGACGUCGUCGCCGCGGGCGCGAAGAUGCUGGUCUGGGGCUGCAAGCCCGAGCCGGACACCAAGUCGCUGCACAAGAAGUACCGCGACUACGACGCGAGCCUGCGAUCGAUGGCCGAGUCGCGCGGCGGCGACGUCGUCUUCGUCGACGUGUAUCCUGCUUUCGAGGCUAUCGGCAACCCAUACUCGCUGUACCAGAGCGACGAGCUCCACCUUUCGGCGGAGGGCUACCGGCUGUGGGACGCGUGGGCGAAGGCGGCGUUCGCGGACACGACGGACUGCGUGAUCUGGCAGGGGGGCGCGUGCACGUCCGGCGGGGGCGGCGCGCCGACGCCGACGACGACGACGAAAGCCAGCGGCGGCUCCGGCUGCGCGGGACACAACAAGAAGACGUGCAAGAAGCAGACGUGUUCCUGCGCAUGGAAGAAAGGGACGUGCGCGGCGACGAACAAAAAAACCUGUAAGAAGAACAAAAAAAAUUGCGUGUGGAAGCAACCUACCUGCCAGGUCAAGGAAGAGUUUUGCGGUGCUUUUAGCACAAAGUCCGCAUGCAAGAAGCAACGGAAGACCUGCAAGUGGAAGAAGGAGAAGUGCCUCGCCAAGUGAGCACCAAGAAGCGCGAAGUAAGAUACUCGAAGCC